AUGAUGAUACCAACCACUACUGGCACAGCUGUAGUUACACAAGCUCCUUCAGACACACCCAAUGCAACUAACCAAGGUCCAGAGGGUAUGAAUCCCCAGCAACAAAUAACUCUUCCCUCAUCUGGUGCUGGGCCUCCCGUUGUCACUCCAGCGACUACCGCUGCCGCUGUUGCAGCAAACUCCGGAAUUACAAUGCAAAUGGUCCCAACUCAAACUGCAAAUGAGGCUCCAGGAGCCUCCCAAGUUGCAACGGCAGGUCCUGAUGGUGUGCUGCGGUACUCGGGUCAACAAAUGGCGCAGCUAGGGGCUCUUGGUGCCACUACGGCAGUUGCACCUGUGGGUGCAGUCGCGCCUCCUGGACAAGUGCAACUCACCCCGCCAAACCACUUCUACAAGCAACUUGCUGUUCUCAAGCUUAUGAACUUUUGUGAAGCUCUCAACAGUGAGUCAGAUGGCCGAUUUGAUUAUGAGUUUUGGCGACAACGCAUUGCCGAAUAUUUUUCCGAUUCUGGUGUGCUCAAAUUCUCAAUCAACAAUGGUACCGAAACAAAAGCCUUUGAGCUUCCGGCAUCGCUUCUUUCCCGGUUUUAUCUUUCUUUUGUCAAAUCUGGCGUCAAAAGAAUUCAAACCCACCUUGAAGGAUGUCGCUCAAUUCACGGAGCAAAUUGCUGGGUUGUAGAAUGCACACGUACAUUUGUGACAUACCACCACGAUGACGGGUCCAUGGUGACGUCACACGGGUCAAUCCGCACAGUGUUCAACUCGCGCAUGAAAAUUGAGCUCAUGGAACAAACAACGCAUGACCACGAUGAGUUCAUCAAACGUAGUGCCGUGCUCAAGUUUCUUGAAAACAACGCUACUAAAUCCGCUGCUGAAGCCUUUGAGCCCAAGCUUCACCCCUUUGGCAUUACCGAGGAUGUUUUGACUUUUCUUAAAGUUUCGGAAACCUUAUACCACAUGCGAGACAUUAUGAUGCACUCCAAACAGUCUAACGAAGGACCAUACAAAUCCUUGCAAAUUUUGGCUGCUGCCCUGCCCCAAAAUUCCCUUGCUCUAAUACCUUCUAAUACCCAAAUCAGUAGUGCUCAAAAUAGCAUCUCUACCCCCACAGCUGCAACAGCGGGAAAUUCUCAAGCAAUGCCAUUAAAGCAGAUGCAGCAAUACCAGAUGCAAUUGCAAAUGCAAAUGCAACAACAGCAACAGAAACAGCAACAGCAGCAUCAAGGCACUGGCACUGGCACUGGCACUGGCACUGGCACUGGCACUGCACAAAAUUCACAGCCUCAUUUCAUUCCAUACCAGCAGUUUUUGCAAACAUCUGCUGGUCAACAGCAGCAACAGCAGCAACAACAGCAACAGCAGCAGCAGCAGCAACCGCAACAGCAAGUCAUUGCAACAGGUGCUAACGGGAAACACGUUAUAAUUAACCCUCAAAUGCUGACCCAGCAACAACAAAUCGCUAUGGGUCCUGGGGUCACGUUGCUGCAGUCUAAUUCGCAUAUCCAUGGGUUGCCAGUCCAGCUCCAACGCUCUAAAUCCUUCCAGAUAGGAUCAACCGUCAAUCCAGGCGCCAUUCUUGUUUCUGGCGCAUCUUCAUCUCCCGCCACCCCAUCUGCCUAUUCUAUCAAAAAGAUUGAAGAGAUUUCCUCUAGUGCGGGAAGCAAUAGCGGUUCCAGUACUCCCAAUAAUGGUGGAGCAAACAACAGCAAUGGUAAAGCACAUGUUGCCAAUGGCGGUCCCGUAAUGGCCAACGUCCACGUAAAUUUCAAUGCAGAGCCCAACGGAUCUAUAGCUCCUGGAAGUAGUGACGAAAAGUCUGGCACCGACCGCAAAAAGGUGGCAGGUCUUGAAAAUGGCAAGGCUGACAGAAGAAGUGACAUUAGGACACCUGGACCAAUGGCCAACGGAAAUAUAUCUAAUUUGGUGCUCCAACAACAGGGUCAGUUUGCAACGCCGCAGGGUCUGGUCGGCAUGGCCAUGGGUCCAGUGCAAGGACCUUUCAAUAUUAAACAAAUGAAUGGAAUGAUAAUGGGACCAGGUGGAAAUACCAUGCAGUUCAUGUCCCCAACUGCAGGGAUGGAAGGGAUUGCAACAAUCACCACUGGGCCUUCUGCUCAGCCUGUUGCAGUGCCUACCCCUUCUUCUUCAGCCGGUGCAACCCCAACAGCCUCUGCGCCUUCUCCAGCGGCAUCCGGAGUGACACCCAAACUUUCAAAUAGCUCCACUUUCCCUUCCACAGGGUCUGUGGCCGGACACAAACGGCGGCGCACUAGCUCUAAGGUUGAUCCUCUAGACACGUCGUCAAUCAAAGGAGGAAACGUCUUGGCGGGAUCUAAACUCCAGAGCAUGGGUGGCGCUGCCGGUAGUGCUAUGGCUGGUGGUAAAGGUGCAGGGAAACACAUGUCGCCCAAGCAUCGGACUAGUCCUAAGGUUGCUAAAAAGAGUUGA